AUGGAACGAUGGCUAACAGCUCGCGCUCUCUCUCUCUCUCCUGCCAACAGAUCCAUAACCGCCGGCUGCUUCGCCGUGGGCACCGCCGUGGAAAAGACCUCAGCCGCCGUCCACGCCUUCGUCCGCGAGGUGCGUGAGGCCCGCUCCGACCUCGACGGCAUCGCCGGCGAGCUGCAGUCCCUCGACCGCGUCCUCGAGCUGCUCAGGGACGACGCCGCCGACCUGCCCGCCGGCCUCGCCGACAGCGCGCCGCCCCUGCUGCGCGACUGCUGCACCAUCGUCAGCGAGCUCGGCCACUACGUCAACGUGCUCAACGGGCCCGAGCUGUCCCCCGCCGACAAGCGCUUCCGCUGGAUGGCCACCCGCCAGCACAUGGCCAAGCUGCGCUGGACCCUCGAGGGUUACAAGUCGGCCCUGGGAUUGGCCCUCGACCUGGUCGGCAUAACUUCGACCCGCAUCGGCACCCCAGGCCAGACCGAGGAAGAACGACAAGCCGCCAUCGACGCCUUCGUCCUCGACCCGGAAGCCAGGGACGAGCUGUCGCGCGUCCUCGCCGAGAUCCGCCACCUGACCACCCGCUACCGCGGCGGCGUCAAGCCCGGCAGCGUCGCCUAUAGCCUGCAGACCUACCUCGACGCCCUGCAGGCCCAGGCCAACGACUCGGCCAUCGUCCUCGGCGUCGACCAGUGCGCGGACGAGAACGAGGCCGAGGCCCGCCAGUCGUCGUCGUCCUCCAACGGCGACACCGCCCCCGACAGCGCCAUCGACGUCAACGACGAGCCGGCCUUCCCGGCCUUUAAAGACGAACCGCAGCAGCAGCAGCAGCAGCAGCAGCAGCAACAACCCGGCUCCCCGCCCAUCCCGCCGGCCCGCCUGCACCUCCCCAUCAACGAGAUCGACGAGCUCCUCGACGAGCUCGACGAGCUGCACGACCGCGCGCCCACGCCGCCGCCCAAGGCGCCCGCGCGCAUGAACUCGCUCCGCAGCUCCGUCAUGUCCCCCACCUUUGACCGCUGCUUCAGCCCUGCGCCCAGCAGCAUCGCCGACUACGCCGGCGGCGCCAGCGUCUACAGCAACAGCCGCCCGCCGUCGUCUGCCUCGCGGCGGCCGCGCCCGCCGCUGUUCGACGUCCCGCCCCGCGCGCCUCCCGUGCCCGGCCGGCACAGCUCCCUGCGCACCCUGAACCACUGGACCCCGCCGCCGCCGCCGCCGCCGCAGCCGCAAUCGCAGAUGACGAUGGAGAAGCUCUACUGCGGGCCGGAGAACGUCUACAGCGUGCGCAUCACGGCCGAGCGGUCACCCUCCGUCUCGCCGAGCACGGCGGCGACCACGGCGAGCAAGAAGAGCAACCGGGUGACCCGGUUCUUUGGGCACAUGCGCAACGCCUUGUCAGACUCGGCCAGCAACCAGCAGAGCACCACUAGCAACACCAACAAAAGCAGCAGCCCGCCGCGCCGGUCAUCCGCAUCCACCGCCACCACAUCCUCCAACAACACCAACGCCACCAACGAGGAGAACCUCUCCCCCGCGAGCUCCAGCUCCAGCCCCACCGCGCCCGUCCCGACCCGCCGCAGCAGCACCCGCCGCCUCUCCCUCUCCAUCCGGAACAAGCUGCCCCUCUUCCGCGGCGACGACCACCGCGCCGCCAUAGCAGAAGAUGACCGGGACCCGGACGCCCUGACGCCCCUCGGCCCGCCGGGCGCCGUCUUCGGCGUCACCCUGCAGAAGUCGAUGCGCCUCGCCCGCGGCUCCGCCCGCACGCGCCACUCGGGCUCCAGCGGCGGCACCUCGACGCGCGAAUUCCCCCUGUGCGUCUGGAAGUCGUACACCUACAUCAAGACCUGGGGCCGCGGCGUCGAGGAGCCCGACAUCUUCGGCCUCGACGCGGACCCGUCGACGCUGCGGCGCCUGCGCGACGCCUUCAGCCGCCCGCCGCACUACGGCGAGGACUUUGAGUACGCGCUGCCCCCGUCCCCCGGCGCAGACCGCGACUGCUGCUCGCCGGACCUCGACGGCCCGGAGCCCGAGUUCUCGGUGCACGACGCCGCGGCCCUGAUCCUGCACUUCCUCGCGGAGCUGCCCAAGCCGCUCGUGCCCGAGGCCGUCGCCAAGCGCUGGAUCGCGCUGUCGCGCCAGGCCUCGCAGCCGGGCACCCACGCCACGCGGCACGAGCAGUGCAUCGACUUCUGGGAGGAGGCGCUCGAGGGGGUGCGCGGCAGCGCCGCCCGCAGCCUGCUCAAGCUGCUGCUCGGCCUGUGGGGCGCCGUCGCCGACGCCGCGCAGGCCAACGACAUGACGGCCGAGCGGCUCGCGGGCAGGGUCGUCCGGCCGCUGAUGCAGCUGCCGCGGGGCCGCUACGACACGGACUUCAUGCUGGGCAUCGCGUUCCUGAUCCGCAAGCGCAGCGAGUACAACGUCCUGCUGGCUGGGGAGACGAGGAGGAGCAAUGCGGCGUUUUGA